GCCGUUGAGAGGCGUUACAACGCCUUCUAACGGGUCACAACGCGUCCGCAGUGUUUUCCGACACCUAGACAGGGACCCCAAUAAUAUUUUGCCUGUCAUUUGCACAUUGCCCAAAUGAUUGGGCUAAAGGGCACCUUAAAUAUCAUUGACAAUUCUGGCGCGCUCAUUGCGGAGUGCGUUAACGUCUUGAAAGCGAAGAGCACUGCAGGUGUGGGGACCGUUGGGGAUGAAUGCGUCGUUGUGAUCAAACGCGCACGUCCAAUUCCACAGGGUGCUGCCCCUUCGAAUAUUGUAAAAGUUCGGCGUGGAGACGUGCAUCGUGCUGUUAUUGUCCGCACAAAGAAAGAGGUCUUACGUCCAGACGGCCGUUAUAUUCGCUUUGACGACAAUGCCGCUGUUCUCUUAAACAAGAAAAGAGAGCUCUUGGCAACUCGUAUCAACGGUGUCGUCAGCAACGAGCUUCGGCUUAAAGGAUGGGGCAAAAUCGCCAGCCUUGCUCCCAAAGUCGUGUAAUUGUUGCAGGACCCAGGUGUACCAAGAAGCUCCGACGAUCCCCUCUUUCCAGAAAUUUAUUAUCAUACAGUUCCAGCACGCAAUAGGGAAUUAGAAGCUACGGUCUACGGAUGAUCACCGUCGUCUCGGCCAUUCAUGUUUCACGCCGUUCUGAUCUCAUCCAGGCGUCGACGUAGGUGCAUAAAGCGAUCUAGCGCACGGCCACCCCCCAAUGAGAGUUGACUUCAUCUAGGUUGAGAACUGUAUCGGUACUCACUUUGAGCAUGCUUUAGAAGCA